GAACACUUUGCAAAUUAACCGCGCAGACCAAACUCAAGGUUAAAGGGUCGUGAGUGGCAUUACAAGUAUCCAUAUUAAUCGAUCGGUGAGAUAAUUCGAAGUAACCGUGUUUGAUGUUGUACAGCACUUUAUAGUUUUUAUACUUAUACCAUACUGCUUUUUCAUCAUCAAAGUGCUGAGAAAGCUCAUAUGGUUUCGGUGAUGUUCCCAAUCUCCAAAGUUUAAGGAAAUUUUGAGGAAACCUACAAAGUCAAAUGACCUUCACCAAAGUUAAAGGGAAAUUUUUGGGAAAUUUUGGGGUUUUGGUGCCAUUUCCCCAAAGUUUACAAUGGCGGUUUCCCUAAAAUUUUCCCCGAAAUUGGGAGCUCGAGUUGAUCAUCCGUUUCUACAGUAUAAGAUACUUCAUUUCUCUUUUAGCAUAGUUUCAACACACCUUGAAACCCCACUGCCCUUUCAGCUUGAUUUUUUUAACUUUUUAGUUAUAAAUGUGAUCCUACAAUGCUUUGUCAUCCCAUGGGACAAAUGUUUAUUUCGUCUCACUCUCAGAUUUAAAAACUGUACUAGAGACAAUAUCAAAUUUACAGUCUGAGCGCUACAACUAUUACUUUUUUUGUUGUAAUAGGUCUUGUUAUUUACUUCGGGGCACCAUAAAUUCACUUUGCGUGUCUAUAUUUUGCGUAUCCCUACUACUUUUCCCUCAACUAGAGUAAUGGUCAGCUGACAGUUAUUGCUAAAUGUGUCCUAGUGUUUUAGUGGCUUCAUAUCUAUAAAAUACUGCAUGUUAGGCCACUAAUCAUUGAAAAGUAGUGUGUUGAGUGCUACUCAAAGGUCAGUAAUGGUUCACGAGCCUUUCAAAUAAUCUAACUAUGACUGCGCUUAUAGUCUGCCCCUGCCAUAUAUUGAAGGUAUAAAUCCUUUUAUGGUAAAAGAGAAUUGGUCCUAAUGAUCAAAUCUACGGAUUACUAUCCACGUCUCAAUACUGGAAGUUUAGACAUCGCGUCUUAGUACGGCAUUAGCAACUGAGAAACUGCCAGUUUCGUCCAUAGCUUUUACAGCCAUUUGCGUUGCCUACACUAAAUCGAAACUAUUUGAUCCCUUUUUGUAGAAUCUGUUUUAUACUCCAAAUGGAUGAAUUCGAGGAGUACAGAAAUCCACUUACUAAGAGAUAUGCAAGCCGUGAAAUGGUGUGCAAUUUCGGAGAAAAGCGAAAAGUAAUCCUCUGGCGUCAACUGUGGAUAUGGUUAGCAGAAACACAAAAAGAGUUGGGAUUCGAUAUCACAGACGAACAGAUUGAUGAAAUGAAAAGUCAAAGGGAUUUAGUCGAUUUCGGGACUGCCGCAGCUGAAGAAAAGGCUCGGCGACAUGACGUGAUGGCGCAUGUAUAUACUUUUGCUUUAGCUUGUCCAAAAGCUGCACCAAUCAUUCACCUCGGUGCAACAUCAUGUUUUGUUGGUGAUAAUGCCGAUUUAAUCAUGCUUAAGGAUGGUUUAAAUAUACUUUUACCGAAGGUUGCUAGAUGUAUUGACCGGUUAGCUAAAAAAGCUAUGUUGCACAAGAGUUUAAUAUGCCUCGCUCGCACCCAUUUGCAACCCGCUCAACCUACUACAAUGGGUCGUAGAAUAUGUAUGUGGAUACAAGAUUUGUUAUUAGAUUUAGAGAAUCUAGAAAGGUUGAAGAACCACACAAUUCGUUUUCGUGGUGCUAAGGGUGCAGUAGGAACUCAAGCAUCUUUUAUGGAUCUAUUUCAAGGUGAUCAUCAAAAGGUUAUCAAAUUGGACGAAAUCUUAACCCAAAAGUCUGGAUUCCAGCGUUCCUGGUGUGUAACUGGUCAAACUUAUCCAAGAAAAGUAGACAGUGAGAUCUCUAACGUGUUGUCGAAUAUAGGUGCAACUGUUCAUAAAAUAUGCACCGAUAUACGAUUGCUGAGUAGUUUUCACGAAGUUGAGGAACCUUUUGAAACCAAACAAAUCGGUUCAAGUGCAAUGCCAUAUAAACGUAAUCCUAUUCGUUCAGAAAGAGCAUGUUCUUUAGCACGUUAUCUAAUGCAUAUAUCGACUUCCAUGGUUUCUACAGCAUCUGUUCAGUGGCUUGAACGUUCAUUAGAUGAUUCAGCUAUUCGUAGGAUUGUUCUCCCAGAAGCUUUUCUUGCAGCCGAUGCAUGUCUUACUUUGCUACAAAACAUAGCUGAAGGAUUAAUAGUGUACCCAAUGGUGAUGGAAGCUAAUUUAAAUUCUGAACUUCCUUUCCUCGUUGUUGAACGUAUUUUGGUCAAAAUGGUGUCUGAAGGCGCAGCCAACCGUCAGGAAUGCCAUGAACGCCUUCGUAAGCAUAGUCAUGAAGCUGCUUCAGAAAUUAAAUUAAAGGGUUUAAAAAAUAGUCUCAUGGAUAAGUUACUCAACGAUGAUUAUUUUACCCCGAUACAUUCGUUACUUCCAAACUUAUUAGAUCCAUCUUAUAUGAUCGGUCGUGCUGUUGAACAGGUGGAAGUAUUCUUAGACACUGAAGUUGACCCAGCAAUUCACUCAUACAAAGAUUCUUUAGCAUUGAACAGUAAUAUCACAAUUUGAUAUGACAACUUUAUAAAUAGUCAAAUUGUAGUUAACUUUUACUUCCGUUCAUUUCUCUUGACAUGUUUGAAUAAUUAACUUUUGUUAUGGAUUUUUACUGCGAUUUUUUAAUUCUUUUGAUUUUAAUAUUGCUCUGAUUUCCUCCUUUUUUCCAUAAUAUUCAUUAAUUUGAUCCAAUCUUUAUGUGGUAUCUAUAAAAUUAAUUUUUAGAGUUCCAUGAUAUUGUUGAACGUUGAUUAGCCAAAUCAUGGUAUGUUACAAUGUUAUGGUCAAAUUGUAUAAGUCAUCAAAUAUAGCUCCGUUAAUU